GUGAGGGAUGCGUUCUGAAACGUCAUGGCUGUCGGGCCACACCGCGCCUGGUCCUGAAUUCAGGGCUGAUGGAACCAUCGCCAUCCAUGUCUCCAUGUUCAUUCUCCACUUCCAGGGUGCACCUUAUCUUCGGCGCGUAUAAAGCAUUCGUCCCCUCCCUCCGGUCUGGUCGAUUUGACUUUGUUGAUCAUCGCCUCAUCCUGUUCUUUCUUCUUCUUUUCAGUCAUUCCUUCUUUUGAAUUUGACAUUCAUUCAUUCUUUUCUCGACACUCUUUUUGACUUAUUUUGAUCUUCAACAUGCGUCUCCUCAACGCACUGGGAUUGAUUCCCCUCGUGGCUGGCCACACAAUUAUGACGACUCUAUAUGUCGACGGCGAGAACCAGGGCGACGGCGUCUGCAUUCGCAUGAACCGUGAUCCUGAACAUGCUACUUUCCCCAUCGAACCGCUCGCGAAUGAUGCGAUGGCUUGCGGCUACGACGGCGAAACCGCCUCAGCACGCAUCUGCCCCGCCGCGCAGGGCAGCACCCUGACCUUUGAAUUCCGCGAAUACGCCGACGGCAGCUCGCCGGGCUCAAUUGACGAAUCCCACAAGGGCCCCUGCGCAGUCUACAUGAAGCGCGUGCUGCACGCCGACGCCGACAACAACGCCGCGGGCCCCGGGUGGUUCAAGAUCUGGGAGCUGGACUACGAUUCGUCCGACGGCAAGUGGUGUACCGAGAAACUCAUCGAGAAUAAUGGCUUUCUCUCCGCAAAGAUUCCGCAGGUGAUUGAGCCCGGUCCGUACCUUGUGCGCACCGAGUUGUUGGCCCUGCAUGCGGCGCAGGAUGACCCCCGUGAUCCGCAGUUCUAUGUUGGGUGCGCGCAGGUUUUUGUCGAGGGGGUUGUCGGGAGUGGAGACAAGGUUCGGCUCACCGAGGGGAACACGGUUACCAUCGACGCCUCGACGUACGACCUCAGUGUCCCAGGGUUGACAUUCAACAUCUACGAAACCCCCCUGGCCCUCCCGUACCCAAUGUAUGGCCCCGCCGUCUACACCGGCUCCGCCUCCAAUUCCCGCUCUGGAACCGGCAAAGUAAUGACCCAAGUCCGCGGGCUUAAACCCGCCGGCUGCAUCCUGCAGCGCGACGACUGGUGCGGCUUCGAGGUCUCGGACUACACCGACCAGGACGGGUGCUGGGCGUCGUCGAAGGAAUGCUGGGACCAGGCGGACGUGUGCUGGAACACGGCGCCGCCGACGGGGAACAAGAACUGCCAGCUGUGGCAGGACAAGUGCACGAAUAUCGAUGAGAACUGCGAGGCGGGCAACUGGACGGGGCCGCCGAACAAGGGCAAGGUGCUUACGCCGGAGCUCAGUAAGGUUGCGGGGUCGAUUGAGCCGCUUGCCAAGGGGGCGGCAUCUUCGAGGAAGCAUCGGCGGUGGGGGCAUUAGAUGGCUUCCAUAGCCUUUGCUUCUUGGUUUGCCUCUCGCCUUUGAUCAUUCGUGUAUCCAUAUCAUCUAUAGACAGCAACAUCAAUCAACUAGUUAAGCCUGCUCUAUCUCUCGGUCGCGGUUGCUCCCAUUCUCG